UCUCGUUGACGACGACAACAAACAUGGAGGAAUAUGCCCGCGAGCCCUGUCCGUGGAGGAUAGUGGACGACUGCGGAGGGGCCUUCACCAUGGGUGCAAUCGGUGGAGGGGUGUUCCAGUCAAUCAAGGGCUUUCGUAACGCCCCUGCAGUGAGUUCAGAACAUUGUGGGUUUUGCUCUGUGAAUCACAUCUGGUUUCCAAAGGCAGAACUGAACAGUGCUCUAAUGUUUCAGGGUGUCGCACACCGACUGAGAGGGAGCGCCAACGCAGUGAGAGUAAGAGCUCCACAGAUUGGAGGGAGCUUUGCUGUGUGGGGGGGUCUCUUCUCCACAAUUGACUGUGGUCUGGUUCGCGUCAGAGGGAAAGAAGACCCCUGGAACUCUAUAACAAGUGGUGCGCUGACUGGAGCUAUCCUGGCAGCGCGCAGUGGGCCCUUAGCCAUGAUGGGCUCUGCCAUGAUGGGAGGGAUUUUGCUGGCUCUCAUUGAGGGUUUUGGGAUCCUCCUCACCAGAUACACAGCGCAGCAGUUUCAGAAUCCUUCUCCCUUUGCAGACGACCCGAAUCAGUUGCCUCCAAAAGAUGCAGCACAAGUGUAGGGAAUGUUAAGGAAUGAGAGCAGCUGUGAACACAGGGAGUCCCACCACAGAGUAGCAGGGACACCGAGGUACUACAGCAGGUAUCAGGUGGAGAUACUGGUCACUACAGUGGUGUCAAGUAGUAGCACUUCAGGUUUUAUACCUCAGGAACAAAGUACUGUGAGUUCUAGUUUUAAGUGAGUGUUUAUGUGAGCGAGGAUCCUUCUGACAAACCUCUUGUUUGCACCUGCAGCAUCUCAUGCAAUGUUUUUAUGCAUCAUUGGUUGUUGUCACUUACCUGUGACCUCUUUGAGUUCAAUGUGCAAUUCUGAAAUGUAUUGACCCAGUUUGAUCAGUUUGAACAUAUGUUGAACAAGAAUCCAAAGAUUUUAGAACUGUUUUCAUAGAUGUAUUCAACUUUAAAGUUAUUGUUUAAAUGGCUGAUAUGUACAGAAGUAGUUAUGUGUGUGAGUAGUACAAUUUAUUCAGUGAGGUUUUACCAUUGAGAAUUGUAUUCUGGUACUAUAUUAGUAUUACAUUAAGCCCCAUUAAGGGGGUGGAGGAUGUUGUUUGGCACUGAAACUUUUCAAAAAGGAUAUUAAAGAAGCAGAUCCUGUGAACAUGUGAUGUUUAUUAACAAAUAAUGUACGACAACAAAAAGGCAAAAUGAACUCUGAGAAUUCCAACUAAACUAAAUCAUUCUAGUAAAAAAUUAUAAUUCUAUUGACUGGCAUUUACCAACUUAGCCUCAUCUGCCCUGGUAAGCAGAGGAUGAGCUAAGCAGAGAGAUAACUCCACCACAUGAUUGCAUCAAUCAGAUUAUUUAGGGAAGCUGCAAAUAAUGAUCGAUUGACCAAAGAGAAACAUUUGAAUAAAGGAAGAUGGGGCCUCAUGAAAAGUUGAGUUUGUUCUCACAUGUUUUCUGUGAGUCUAUGUCAAAGUUUGAAUUAUAUAUCAACGGAGACAAUCAAUGCAAACAGUGUUUUUAAAUCACUUGUGCGCAUAAGUCGAGUCUUAGCUAUAAAAAAAGCUCAUUCCUGUUUUUGUUUGCGCUUCCCCCCCACCCACCGACAGCUUCUUAACUUUGAGCAAAUAUUAUCUUCACAUGCUGGAAUGGAGUUUGUUCAAGUUAUGUCUGUGAAAACUGCUGAGUUGAAGGUCCUGGCUCAGUUCACCUUGUUUUUUUUCAAGCACCCGUCUUCUCUUUGAUCGCUGCUUUAUCCAUCAGGCACUUUUUGACCCCCCCGUCUCUCUGCUCUCUUUAAGCGUCUGCCUCGGCAGGGAGACGGGGCAGCACAACCCAGUGUUUCACUGUCAAACUAUGUAUAGAGAGAAUUUCUAUUUUGUGUAUCGUGUUAAUGUAUUUAUCGUGCAGAAGUUGAUACUAACAAUAAAGGCAUCACAUAUUCUUGAA